AUGGAAGUUGUAUUGGAGAUUGAACCAGAUAAGACAAAUAAACAAGUGCAUGAAGAAUGGAAGAAAAAGAGUUCUCUGGCUUUGCAUGCCAUUCAACUUUCAUGUGGACUAGCAUUAUUUUCUAAGUUUAAAGAUCCCUACCUUUCUGCUCAAGAUGCAUGGACUCAUUUGGCUAAGAGAGCUUCGGGAAAGGCACAACAGCUAGUGCCAGUCUUAGAUUAUGUUAAAGAAAAUCCAAUUGAAGAUAAUGGGUCGGGAGAGUACCUUGAUUACAAGUCCUUAUAUAAGGCAAUUGAAGAAGGUAACUUGAAUCAUACAGAAGUUUUCCUUCAGCAGAAGCCAGAUGCCAUUAGGGCAAGAGUUACAUUACACGACGAUACAGCUCUGCACAUUGCAAUUUUGUUUGGAAAAAUUGCAAUUGCAGAAAAACUUGUAGAUUUGAUGAACGCAGAUGACUUACAAAAGAUAAAUGAUCAUGGUGCUACGGCAUUGUCUCUUGCUGCGAUCUGUGAGUGA